CGAUACCAAAGAGAGGAACAUAAUUGAAACCGCUAUAAAGGAAUUGGCAAGGAAGACCUGUAUACAGCUGGUUCCUAAAGGCAGUAUUGAAGCACAGGGUCUCAGUCAUACCACUUAUAUAGAAUUUAUUGAUUCAUACGGAUGUUGGUCCUAUAUCGGAAGAAUAAGUGGGGGUUACCAACAUAUCAGUUUAAUGAAGUCAUAUUGUGUGCAUCACUCCACAGUCCAACAUGAGAUCAUGCAUGCUAUAGGGAUGUGGCAUGAACAGAACCGCUUAGACAGAGAUAAUUAUAUCAGAAUUUUGAAGGAAAAUGUACAAGAAAUAGGGGAACACAAUUUUGACAAACGUAAUACCUCUGAUACUCGACCUUAUGAUGCAGAAUCUAAUCUGCAGUAUAGCCUGUAUGCAUAUGGGAAAAAAAUUGGAAAUAGACAAGCCAAAACUAUAGAAUUUAUUGACAAAGACCUUGAAUUUCUAGCUGACCUAGAUGCUGGACUGGAUUUCUAUGACGUAGCAGAAAUCACUGAUGCGUAUCAAUGUGCAGCUCACUGUAAAGGAUCAUCAAGACCAAAAUGUGAUAAUGGGGGAUUUGUUGACCACAACUGUAAAUGUUUCUGUCCAUCUGGUCUAAAGGGAGACAACUGCCAGACAGUAGAAACAUCAUCAGCAUGUGGAGGUAUUGUCUAUGUAUCAGAGUCGUAUGUCACAGAGAUAAGAACACCUAAUUGGCCGUCACCCUAUCCUGUUGGAACAAUGUGUACUUGGUUGAUUAAGGCUCCAGCUGGUAUGUAUAUAAAGUUAACAGCAGACGAGCUUUCUCUACCAUACAACACUCUAGAUAGAUGCUACCAUUGGAUGGAAGUUCGUUACAAUCUGAUUGGUCAACUUGGAGUGAAGAUUUGCGGUGGUAAUACAAACAAGACUUGGACUACAACUCCAUCAGGUGAACCUAACUUAAUGAUGGUGAGAUUUGAUGCUAAAUUUGCAGAAGACAGGGAUCCAGGGGAAGGAUUUAGAAUCAGUGCCACAGCUUUAAUCAAAGAUUCAACUGUACCAAGUGACUCUUUGACCUGUACUUUUGAGCCUGGCUCGGGUUGUUUUCUAAUGAAUGAUCCAAAUGCAAAACUUAGAUGGAAACAACAGGGAUUUUUAACACCCUCAGGCCUACUAGGAACCGGACCCUAUCGAGCAAAAGAGGGGCAAUAUUACUCAUACAUGGAGUCUUCCCAUCCAGCUAGUACAGGUCAGAGGGCUAUAUUUGUGAUGAAAAAUGAAAUAUAUGAAGCCAAACCAAGAUGUUUGUCAUUCUACUACAGUAUGCAUGGGGCGACAAUGGGUUCGUUAGAAGUUUACCGGAAAGGGACAGGAAUUCCAAAGGAUCGUAUCUUUAUUAAAGAAGGAGAUCAGGGAAACCAAUGGAAACUUGCCAAUAUUUCAAUACAACCUGUUCCUGGUCUUCAGAUAUAUAUUGAAGCAGUCCGUGGAUCAACACAUCUAAGUGAUAUUGGAAUUGAUGAUGUAAAACUUGUUACCGGAUACUGUCACAUGGUUUGUACAUUUGAGUCUGAGGAUCCAGAUUGUUUCUUUGAUCUAUCCAAGGGUGACUAUAACUGGGAUAUAAGACAGGGGAAAACACCUUCAAGGCACACAGGACCAUCAAGAGCACACAGUGGACAGUUUUAUGUGUACUUGGAAGCCAGUUAUAGACGAAUGGGUGGGACUGCUGUCAUGUCAUUUAAAGUUCCACCAAUGGCCCACAAUGAGUAUUGCCUGAGCUUUGCUUAUAGCAUGAAUGGAGGAAACAUGGGAGAAUUAACAGUUCAAAAUGGGGCAGAACUUUGGACCAAAAAAGGAAACCAGGGACAUAGUUGGAAAGAAGCGGAAGUUACAAUCAAUGUUGAGACAGGAGAUCUUAUUCAGAUUGUUGCCAAACUAGGAUAUGACUAUACAAGUGACAUAGCAGUAGAUGAUAUAGUCAUGAAGGAAGGAGUCUGUUAAUUUUUUAGACUACAGUACUUAUUGGCGAAGGAAUGCACUUGUGUCUCAAACUGAC